AUGAGGAGGCAGCAUCUGCCUCCCGUCCUCUUUCUCCCUUCCUCUCCCUCCUACUGCCUCUUUCGCAUUCUAGCUAAAGCCCAGAAUAACUUAUGCAUCUGCUUCGCGGCAUGCGGUCUCAAGCGGCCUGGUGGAAGAAGAUGGCCUCUUUGCUUUUUUACCUCGCUGACUCCGACUCCCGGCUCUUCGCCUUUCCGACGCCUCCGUGGUGAGAAGCGGCCAUCAUGUGCGCCAACCUCACGAGAGGGCGCCUUUACCCCCGAGGGGGAAACGAACUCCAAAUUCGUGUAA